UGUCCCUCAGACACAGCGGAUCACCAAUCAACGGAAAGAGCCGAAGACGUCAGCUUGGUCAGGUGAUCAGCUGUGUCCAAUCACAGCUGAUCAGAGGACAUGUACACUGAUCAUCAGGGCACCGAUGAUCAGUGUGCCCUGAUGAUCAGUGUAGCCCCAGCAUUGCCAUCUGUCAGUGUCCAUCAAUGCUAGCUGUCAGUGCUUAUCAAUGCCACCUGCCAGUGCCCAUCAGUGCCACAUCAAUGCCACAUAUCAGUGCCCAUCUGAGCUGCCUUUCAGUGCCACCUAUCAGUGCCAGUCAGUGCCACCUAUCAAUGCCAGUCAGUGCCACCUAUCAGUGCUGUCAAUCAGUGCCACCUACACUGUUCAACAAAUUUUUAUUUUUUGCCAGUUUUGGAAACAAAAGGAUCCAUUUCUUAAUGAAU